UAAUACCAGUUCAGAUCCAUCCACAAAAAUUUGUCUUUUUCCAUUGUCAACCAACAAAAAAACAUUUAGGUUCAUUUUCAUUUUUCCAUUAUUAUUAUCUUCACCUAAACCCCUAAUCAAUUCUUUAAUCAUCUUGUUUAACAACACCCAAGAUCUAUUUAUUGAAAAAAAAAGUUUGCAUUAGAUCUUUCUUGAAUUUGAAGGGAAAAAGUAAAUCAAGAAAAUGUUUUUGUGGGAUUGGUUUUAUGGAGUUUUGUCAUCAUUGGGUUUGUGGCAAAAGGAAGCUAAGAUCUUGUUCUUAGGCCUUGAUAAUGCUGGCAAGACUACUCUUCUUCAUAUGCUCAAAGAUGAGAGGUUAGUUCAGCAUCAGCCAACUCAGUAUCCUACAUCUGAAGAGUUGAGUAUCGGGAAGAUAAAGUUCAAAGCUUUUGACUUGGGAGGUCAUCAGAUUGCUCGUCGAGUCUGGAAAGAUUACUAUGCCAAGGUUGAUGCAGUUGUGUACCUGGUUGAUGCAUACGACAAAGAGCGUUUUGCAGAGUCGAAAAAGGAACUAGACGCACUUCUUUCUGAUGAAGCUCUUGCUACCGUCCCCUUCCUCAUUUUGGGCAACAAGAUAGACAUACCAUAUGCAGCCUCAGAAGAUGAAUUGCGUUAUCAUCUUGGCUUGACCGGUGUCACUACUGGCAAGGGUAAGAUGAAUCUUGCUGAUUCUACUGUUCGUCCUUUGGAGGUAUUUAUGUGCAGCAUUGCACGGAAAAUGGGAUAUGGCGAUGGAUUUAAGUGGGUAUCUCAAUAUAUAAAGUAGAUUCAUUCACUUACCAACGCCAUAGAAGUUGAAAGAGAUCGCGUUCUCGUUAUGCUGUAGAUCAGCAUUUUUGGAAAAUAUUGGUUUCACCAGAUAUUUUAUUCAUUUGUUUUCGAAUUGAUCUGGUCUUUCUAUUACUGAUUUUUUGUAUCCUUUGGUAUCUAUGUAGUUUGAUGAGAGAUGUUUUUGGUUUCUGUAUACGACACUUUUUUCUUCUGAAAACAAUGCAGAGAGAGUAUAAAAUGAUAAAUCGUUUAAACUAA